ACAACCAACUACUGAUACAAUUAAUGAAAUUAGAGAAGUAUUUAAUUUGUAUUUUGUUGAAUUGCCAUCUAAAACUAAUGCCAAAUCAGAUAUAGAUGAAGUUACACACCAAAAGAAGUUUCCUACUUUAGCAUCUAUAGCAAAAGAUUACAUGUCAAUUCAAGCUACCAGUGUAGCCUGUGAACAGGCUUUCUCAGUAGUGACAAAUAUUAUAUCAAAAAUUCAAAAUCGUCUUUACCCAGAAACAUCAAGAGCAUCUCUGUGUGCUAAAAGUUGGAUUGAUAAUGAAAUUGAAAUAUUAGGUGUUCUCAAACCUCAACCUUGA